GUGUUGAUCAUUAGACAGCUGAAGUAGGCAUUCUGUACGCAGAGAUAGGUGAAGUAAAGAUGCUGCGGCACAAAAGACACGCUGAUUCUUACUGGGAAACUCUCGUUUUGUGCUUCCUCUGCCUUCUCUUCUUUCUCGACAGAUUUGAAGGAGCUACGACUGUUCCAGCAGAAGUUGCCGCGUUAAAUGCGAUCCUGGGGAGAUGGGGAUGGACGGCUUCGGCGACGUCGUCGCCGGCGUGGAACAUCAGCGGAGAGCCCUGCAGCGGCGCUGCCAUCGGCUCCACCGCCCUCGACGACCCUAACUUCAACCCCGGCAUCAAAUGCGACUGCUCUUACGACAACGGCACCACCUGCCACAUCACUCGACUAAUUUUGAGAUACCGUUUAAUGGUUGCUGAUGCAAUGAAAACUUUCAGGGAUCUAAAUCAAAAUUAUUUGACUGGUCCUUUGCCAGCAUUUAUUGGAAACUUGACAAAGUUGCAAUAUUUGACUUUCGGUGCAAAUGCAUUAUCAGGGUCCAUACCAAAGGAACUUGGCAAGCUCACAAGUCUUAUCUCGCUGAGUCUAGGAAUUAAUAACUUCACCGGUCCAAUCCCUCUUGAGCUUGGGAAUCUGACCAAUCUUCAACAAUUAUAUAUUAAUAGCUGUGGAGCAAGUGGUGAGUUCCCAUCAACGAUAUCAGGACUUAGCAGCUUGCAGAAAUUGUGGGCAUCGGACAAUAAUUUCACUGGCAAAUUUCCAGACUUUAGCCGGACUAGUCUAGCUACAUUUUGUUGCUGUCCAUGCUACCACUACCAUUGGCUGAUAUUAUCAAAACACCUCCAACACCACCACCAUCUCCACCAGAGGAUUCAAGGGAACUCUUUUGAAGGUCCAAUCCCUUCAAGUCUUUCCAAUAUGACCAAAGUGACUGAUCUGAGGAUUGGUGACAUACAAAAUGGGAGCUCAUCUUUGGCAUUCAUUCAUAAUCUAUCAUCACUAAGCAUAUUAAUAUUAAGGAAUUGCAGGAUAUCUGACAUUAUGCCAUCAGACUUUUCACGAUUCACUAGUUUGCGGAGAUUGGAUUUGAGCUUCAACAAUCUGACAGGCCAAAUUCCUCAGUCUCUCUUCAAUUUGAGCUUGCUAAGUUACUUAUUUCUUGGAAAUAACAGUUUAUCCGGUAGUUUGCCCACCAGCAAGAGCGAAUCACUUCUUAAUAUUGACUUAUCAUAUAAUCAACUGGGAGGAAGUUUCCCUUCAUGGGUUAGUGAACAAAAUCUGAAAAUAAAUUUGGUAGCCAACAACUUCGUGAUUAGUGGUUCCAAUAACAGUGUUCUGGCGUCAGGAUUAAAUUGUUUGCAACGAGAUAUUCCUUGCAAUCAUAGGGUACCCAUUUAUUCCUCAUUUGCAAUAAAUUGUGGUGGUAAUAAAACCAUCACAUCUUCUGAUGGGACUCUGUACGAAAUUGAUGGAAGAACUCUGAGUAGUGCUUCUUAUUAUGUGACCGAAACCAACAAGUGGGCAGUUAGCACUGUUGGAAGCUUUCAAGAUGCCUCAAAUGCUGAAUAUACUCUAUACAGUUCAUCCCAGUUCCAGAAAACUCAAGAACCAGAGUUAUAUCAGACUGCAAGAAUUAGUCCCUCAUCUCUUAGAUAUUACGGGCUCGGCCUUGAGAAUGGAAAUUACACAGUCAUGUUGCAUUUUGCGGAGACACAGAUAUUUGAUCCACCUACUUGGAGAAGUACUGGAAGAAGAAUUUUUGACAUUUAUAUCCAAGGGAAUCGUGUGUUGAAGGAUUUUGACAUAAGAGCUGAAGAAAAUUCCUUUACAGCUGUUACUAGAAAGUUCAUUGUUCCAGUGACAGAUAACUUUCUCGAGAUUCAUUUCUUUUGGGCUGGAAAAGGUACUUGUUGUGUGCCUGAUCAAGGUUAUUAUGGGCCAUCUGUCUCGGCAAUCAGUGUCAAUCCUUAUGAUUUCAUUCCUACUGUCAGCAACGAGCCACCAUCUAGUGCAUCAAAAAAUAGUAACAAGAGUACUAUUGUUGGCAUUUUUUCUGGCAUUGGAGCUUUAGUUCUACUUAUUGUCUUUGGGAUUUUGAUCUAUUGGCAGAGGCAAAGACUCAGCAAGGAUGAUGAAGAUGAAUUACUAGAAAUGAGUUCCAGGCCAGAUACUUUUAGUUAUGCUGAACUGAGAAGUGCUACUGAAGACUUCGACCCUUCCAAUAAACUAGGAGAGGGAGGGUUUGGUCCAGUAUUUAAGAAGGAUCAAAGAUCAUGUUUAAAUGUGUUCAUCUAG